AUGGGAGGAGGAUUUAGAGUGUUGCAUCUUGUCAAACCUUUCCUUUCUUUCCUGCCCGAAGUCCAAAGCGCUGACAGGAAGAUUCCGUUUAGAGAGAAGGUUAUUUACACUGUGAUCUCUCUUUUCAUCUUCCUAGUGUGCAGCCAGCUCCCGCUGUAUGGCAUACACUCCACAACUGGGGCCGACCCUUUCUACUGGAUGCGUGUUAUUCUCGCCUCCAAUCGAGGGACCGUGAUGGAGCUGGGGAUCACACCCAUUGUGACGUCUGGACUCGUGAUGCAGCUCUUGGCCGGGUCGAAAAUAAUUGAAGUCGAUAACAAUGUCCGUGAGGAUCGUGCGCUCCUAAAUGGUGCUCAGAAGCUUCUGGGUAUCUUGAUCGCUGUUGGUGAGGCCGUUGCUUAUGUUCUCUCUGGAAUGUACGGGAGUGUGAGUCAACUCGGUGUUGGAAAUGCUAUUCUUAUUAUCCUUCAACUGAUCUUCGCUGGUAUUAUCGUGAUUUGCUUAGAUGAGCUUCUCCAGAAGGGUUAUGGUCUUGGUUCAGGGAUAUCAUUGUUUAUCGCUACCAAUAUCUGUGAAAACAUCAUCUGGAAAGCAUUCAGCCCCACAACAAUCAAUAGUGGCCGAGGAGCUGAGUUCGAGGGCGCUGUAAUUGCAAUGUUCCAUCUGCUUAUAACAAGAACGGAUAAAGUCCGUGCACUGAGAGAGGCAUUUUACCGUCAGAAUCUUCCUAACGUGACCAAUCUUCUUGCGACUGUAUUGAUUUUCCUGGUCGUGAUCUACUUCCAAGGCUUUCGGGUGGUGUUGCCCGUGAGAUCUAAAAAUGCCCGUGGGCAACAGGGUUCUUACCCGAUAAAGCUUUUCUAUACAUCCAAUAUGCCUAUUAUUCUUCAAUCUGCACUUGUGUCCAAUCUCUAUUUCAUCUCUCAGUUGUUGUACAAGAAAUAUGGUGGGAAUUUCUUGGUAAACUUGCUGGGCAAGUGGCAAGAGUCUGAAUAUUCUGGCCAAUCUAUUCCUGUUGGCGGCCUUGCUUAUUAUGUUACUGCUCCAUCAAGCGUAGCAGACAUGGCAGCGAACCCUUUCCACGCUCUUUUCUACAUAGUAUUCAUGCUUUCUGCUUGCGCCCUCUUCUCAAAGACCUGGAUUGAAGUCUCUGGAUCCUCAGCCAAAGAUGUGGCCAAGCAGCUCAAGGCAAGUACCAAUUAUCUCUUCCGUUAUCUUUUUAGGAUAAUAAAUAUAUCUCAUAUUCGAGAACCAGUCAAGAUACUUGCUUUGUUCAUGAAGUCAAUUUGA